GGGGGGGGGGGGGGAGAGAGACGCUGAAACACACAUGUAAGACCUCAAAUGUAAAAGAUGGACUACGCCGGCAGAGAAACGCAGCAAGACGUCCAAAUGCUGAGAAUGAGUGAAACUCCAAGAGGGCUUCAGCCUGAGCGAUCAGUGCAACCGUCAUCACAGCCGGAACCUGAGAGGCGGCUUUCCACCCCAGCUUUGUUUCAGCUGAAACUCCCCAUCCGAGGCGCCGCAGAGGCCCAGCCACCCACCACCGAACUGGAGCUUCAGAAGUUGCCACCUCAACGACUAGAAGAGUCGGACCUCGAGUACCAGCAACCGGCUAACCGAAUUAAACCGGCAUGGAGAAAGUGCGGCUGCGCGAUCUCCGUCGUCAUUUUGGGCUUCUGUUUGUGCGCCAUUUUCCUUGGGGUGGUUUACUACAUAAAUCACUUUCUUCGUCGCGGGAACCAAAACCAGGAAGAUAUCGUAAGCGCUUGUAACUCCCCAGCUUGUCAGAAGGCCUCGGUGCAUCUCACCAUCUCCGCGGACCCCUUCAUGCACCCCUGUGACUACUUCCUGUUCUCAUGCGGGCCCGACAGACCUUCUUCAUCCAAAGUCCGGGGACACCACAGAGGAAAAUCCAGAAGAGAUGUCAAAGAGAAGAGGACGCUAGACAGAAAAACGGAACUGCUGCAGUACCUCAGGGAGAUUUUGGAAUCAAAUGAUGGGCUUGCAGGUUCAGCUGUGCAGAAAGCGAAAGAGUUCUAUCGCAGCUGUUUAGACACCAAGUCUCUGGAUAUUGCUGGGGAGGAGCCUUUCCUCGCACUCAUCAACAAACUUGGAGGUUGGUCAGUGUCGGGUCCGUGGAAUCAGACCGACUUCAACUCCAUCCUCGGCACCCUCAUGAGAGACUACGCCACCUUCCCCUUCUUCAACGUCUACGUCGGCAAAGACCCGACGAACGCGUCCAACGAGACGACCAGACGAUACAUCCAGAUCGAUCAGCCCGACCUGUUGAUCCCGAUCGAGUGGAACAACGAGACCGAGACGUCUCGAGUGACAAGGGAGACGCUGCUUCCUUUCAUCGCUUCGUGCGAUAGGUACUUGGCGCUGCUGGGGGCCCCGCCGGGCAGCGGCAUGAUCCACAUCGGCACGUUCAUCUCGCUGUCUUCCGAGCUGGCUCUGGCCAUGGCACCCUUGAGCCAUCGCAAGGCCAACGGGCAGCUCAAUCAGCGCUUGACCAUCAAGGAGCUGCAGCGUAAGGCUCCGGCUGUCGACUGGUUGGGUUGCCUGCAGGCCGCGUUCCAUUCCCAGCCGCUGACGGAAGACGACCACGUCCUCCUGCACAACUUGCCUUACAUCGCGCAGAUGUCUCGCAUCAUCAGCAAAUGGCUGAGCGCCCACGAGCUGAGAUCCAGCCGCCCCCUCCACACGUUCAUGGUGCUCAACUUGCUGCACACCUUCCUGCCCGCCCUGGACUCCAGAUUCUCGGACACGGCAAAUAAUUUUUCAGUGGUUCUGGGCCAAGGAGAGGUGAGGCAACGCGAUCUCGACUCAAAGACAGACGCUUUGAGUGGGGUCUUUACGACAGCCCCUCGCUGGAAACGCUGCGUGCUGGAAACCCAGCGAGGCUUCGACGGCGUACUGGCAUAUCUGCUUGGAGAAAACGUCGCCGGCGGGGAGGCAGAGGAGCUGAUUGAAAAUAUCCUGUCCUCCUUCAAGUCACAACUCCACCAACUCAAGUGGAGCGAGCAGAAGACUCUCCAGUUUGUUUUGAGAAAGGUUCAGUCAGUAACUCCCAGAAUUGUGACUUCUAAAGAAAACUCCCGCCGGGCUGAGCUUGACUUGCGUUAUUCGGAGGUGUCGGUCAACCUCACCAACUUCUUCUCCAACUACCUGCAGCUGCUGUCCUUGCUCCAAAAGCGGCGCAGUCGACUCUUGCACCAGGACGACGAUGACGCCCAUGCUCUGUCCGCCGCGCCGUUUCUUCUGGGCAAUGAGCUGAUCAUCCCCAUGGGAAUUUUUAUCCCACCUCUCUUCCAUCCCACAUACCCGAGAGCUGUGAAUUACGGCGUGUUGGGUUUCCUUCUAGCCAAAGACCUCCUUCACGUGCUCCUGCCCGACAUUUAUUCCCAGAGCGAGACGGUGCGCGCCGUGGGCCAGUGCGUGUGGUCCCGCUAUCGCUCGGUGACCAACAAGGAGAGCGGCGAGCCGCUUGGGCUUCUUGCCGCUCAGCAGCAGGAGGUGUGGGUGCAGUUUUCGGCACUGCAGAUCGCGCUGGAGGCGUAUCAGCGGAGUGUGAAGAUGCAAUCGGCAGACACGUCCAUCUCGGGAUUCUCGCACGCCCGUCUGUUUUUCAUGGCCUUCUCUCAGGUCAAUUGUGACGCUGACCGCUACCACCACUUGAUGCCUUUCGAGCCAUCCUUCCUCAUCACGGCCAUUUGCGCCCAAUCUCGCAUUUGUCCCACAAAGCUGCAAUGCCCGAAAGCGACUCCUCGGUAUUCGUCACACGGAUGCUGAAAGUGCUCAAAGGAGCGAUCUGCGUUGCUUUUCACACCUCAAAACAGUUCUCGGGUGCCUUCAUAACACGUUUCUACUUUGUCCCGUUGAAAUUAGCCCGUUUUAGUCUCGAUUGGCGGGCUCUCGUUACCAUGACGACCAGAGUGCUGGAUUUCAAGAGCCGAGCGCGUGCGUUCCGGUUGGCACUCGGUGUCAAAUAUGGGUCGGAAACAGAGCCCAGAGUGUGGAGAGUUCUUCAGGACAACGAAAGCAUUUUGACCGGUAACGGCCUCGGGUCAUACACUCAACCGCGUGCACGUCGCGCAUGGAGAAAUAACCACAAAUCAAUUACGACCGGAGUUUCAUCCACAUUGACAACUUCAGUGAGCAAUCAAGUGCAGAAGCUUAUGCCGUUUAUAUCCCCGAAAAAUCUUUGCAGCCCUGCUUACCUUGCACAGAGUUACUGCGUGGCGCAUGACAUUGCCAAACACAAGUAGCCCAAAAACACUCCCAUGCUGACUCGACGGUAACAA